AUUGUGAAAUCGCCCAACCGAUCGAUCAUGAGCAUCACCGCGGAAUUGAGCAAGAUUGCAAAGAUCCAAGACCAGAAGGAAAAGCUAACGGCCUACAAGGAGUUGGUCGACGCCACGUUCCAGGAUUUCACGUCGUUGAAGGCCACCUUUGACCAUUCGUUGGACGAAAGCGUGCAGCUGGCCGUGUCCCGCGGCCUCUUGACGCACUUUGCGUCGUCCGUGUUGGUCCGAAUCGAUCCGGACGUGCAUGCAUGGAAGAAAGACUUGUUGGCGUACUGCUUGAAUAAGAUCAAGCCCCGCAUCUUGUCGUUUGAGGAAGCCGACAUCGUGUUGCGCGAGGUCUUAUGCGACCUGCUCAUGGACGAAGAGGAUUACAUCGAGGCCGCCAAGACACUCGCCGCUAUCAACCUUGAAAGCUCCGCGCGCCAAUACACGGACGAGGAAAAAGCGGAAAAGUACGUGAAGAUCGCCGAGCUGUACCUCCAAGAAGACGAGACUGUGGACGCCGAGAACUUCAUCAACCGCGCAUCCCGAGUGAUCCACGCCGUCGGGCAGUCCAAUUGGCCGCUCAAGUUGCGCUACCAAGUGUCAUAUGCGCGCAUUCUGGACGCCAAGCGCAAGUUCCUCGACGCGGCAUUGCGUUACUACGAGUUUUCGCAGUCGAAACCCGAUGAAGUGGACCCAGACGACUUGCUGCAACUGCUCAGCAAAGCCGUGACGUGUGCGAUUUUGGCGGCGGCGGGGCCCCAGCGCUCGCGGUUGUUGGCCACGCUGUACAAGGACGAGCGCGUGAAAGCCAGCGAACACGCGGCCAUUCUCGAGAAAAUGUACAUGGAGCAGCUGCUUCGCCGCGGCGAUAUUGCCGCGUUCGACCAGAGUCUGCUGCCGCAUCAAAAGGCUCAGCUCGCGAACGGGUUCACGGUGCUGGAGCAGGCGUUCUUAGAGCACAACAUGCUCGCUGUGUCCAAGAUUUACACGUCGAUGCGGUUUCAGGAGCUUGGAACGCUGCUGGGCGUGGACGCCACGCGAGCUGAAAAGGUGGCGGCACUUAUGAUUGGCGAAGAGCGGAUGAACGGGUCCAUCGAUCAACUGCACGGCAUUUUGGAGUUUCAAUCCAAUGUCGAUGCGUUGCACGGGUGGGACGACCGCAUCCAAACGAUUUGCUUGAACGUGAACGCGUGCGCCGAGAACAUUCAGGCGACGUACCCGCAGUUGUUGGCCUAAGCCAAUUCCGCCAUAGCUUUUGCGCCUAAGACUAACCAUGAUAUGGUGCCAUUUUUGUAUCAAA